AUGCGAAACGCCCAGAUGCCCUGCGGAAUCGACAUGGACGGUGAAAGGCUUCAAUACCUAAUGUUCGCAGACGACAUUGUACUCAUUGGAAGCGAACCGUGUGCUCUCGAAAGCUCACUAAGGAUCCUAAGAAAUGCGGCUAGCUCUACCAGCCUCGAGAUCCACCCAAGAAAAACCGAGUGGAUGAAAAACAGUUUCGCGAGCGACUACUGCUUACGCAUGGAAGAUUCAAUCAUUGAAGAAGUUUCAUCGUACGUUUACCUAGGCCAAGCGGUCACAAUGGACAAUGAUUUGACAAUCGAAAUAGGUCGUCGUCGUAAGGCGGGCUGUGCGACAUUCAUCAGAUAUCGUGAUAUUCUCACUGACAAAAGAAUUGAUGCUCAAAUCAGAGCUCUUGCGUUUAACACCCAUGUCCUGCCGGCACUGGUGUAUGGAAGCGAAACAUGGAGCAUAAUCAUAAAUGAAGAAAGAAAACCGGCACCCACUCAAAGAGCAAAAUGGUACGAGCGAUGUGUGGUGUCACGUUGA